GCUUGGGAACGGGGCCUCCAGAGAGUGGCGGUGGAGAAGGCGGGUACCAUAGUUGCGCAGGGCGGAGCUGGCGCAGAGGUGGGCGUCCUAGAUCGUGAGAGCGACACAGUUCGUGCAUCGUUCCAGACGGAACAGGGCUUCGCUGUUCGUCUUCCCUUCGUCUUCCAUAUUCCGUCAUCAUCUUGUUCGUUACUUCAGACUGGAGUUAGUCCCCAACUCGUUCGCCAUCGCUGUCGCUUCUGUGAGGGACUGUCUUCUUCGGCUCGUACUCCAUCGCUUUCUGUUCUGCGAGGCGUGGUCUUCGGCUCAGUCUCCGUCGCAUUCUGCUUUGUGCGCACGGCCGCCAGCGCCGUUGGCGUAGAGUAGCAGGGUCAUUGGCGUGCGUGAAGACAAGGAAACGAAACACACCGGAAGAAGCACUAGCCGAAUCGGCAGAAGCGGCAGUAAGAGAGAAACGGCAAGCGGCCGUAAGACAGAGAAAGUGGAGUGGAGUGGUCGUCAGAGACAGCAGGCGUGUGGUUGAAGAGGCGGAUAUUGGCGCAACCCGGUUUUUGUUUGUCAGUUAGUCAAUCAAUCAAUCAAUCAAUCAAUCAUCAUGCCACGGUGAGAAUCCUCUGAAAUAGAAUAGGGACUCCUCGUUCUAUGCACACUAGAAAAUAAUGGGGUGAUUCUUGUGUGUCGAAGACGGGUUAAUUAUUAUAUUAUGUAUGCAUGUAUACGAAUGUUCGAGCGUACUACACCCAGUUUGCAGAUCAGCAAACACAGAGCUUCAUUGACGAGAGGGUAAAGGCAUAUGUAGGACAGACCGCAGCUGUCUUGCAGCAGGUUGGUGGUGCUUUCCCUUUUACCACAAUUCCCACAUCGUCGUACAAGCCGCCCCUUCUGCCGCCACCGACUCUACCGAUUCCUGGGAGCACAUCCAGCGGGACCACUUCCUCCACCAGCACCUCGACAACGCAAGGAACGAUUACUCCGCCAACCUUUCGGCCUCCUACAUCAACAACUCCAAUACCGACCAUCCGCGCGCCAGUGUUGCAACCACCACGGCAACCUGCAUCGUCAGCGGCUCCUCCCUUGUUGCGGCCGCCUACUUCAUCGAUAGGCACAGCUGGACUGGUGGGUCCGCCACCAAAUGCAAAUGGGCCUCUGAGCAUCAGUCAGCCACAGAACUCUACGUCAUCGAAUCUUCAAGGGAUGUAUCGGAUGACUCUGCCGCAGCUACCUACACCUGCACAACCAUUGCAGCAACCACAGUCACUUGGAUCGCAACCAUCGACACAGCAGUCGCAGCAGCAGCAAACACUCCCACAGGACCUUGCACAAUCACAUCCACCUUCACAGCAGCGGCCGAGCACUCUCUUGCCUGGUAGUUUGCAAUCAUCACCAGGAAAUGGAUAUGCAGGUGGCCCCAGUCAGUCCCAGAGGGUUGGGGUUGGUCCGAUGGCUGCCCCGCAAGCGGCCGCAGGAAGCACGUAUGGUGGUGGCGGUGGUGGAGGCAUUGGGACGCCUGCAGCGACAAGUGGUCCAUAUGGCAGUUACUCCAUGUCUCCAAGCAUUCGCAGCUCAGUCCCUGGUGCAUCCCUGAGCAGCGGCGGCACUCCAUCCCUUGGGCCUUCAAUGGUGGGGCCUCUGGGUCCGCCAGCAUCAUCCCAGCCAUCGACAGUGUACAGUUACAACGCUGCUGGUGUUGGAAUGGGGCGAUCAAUGAACAACCCUGGAGGUGCGGUGCCAACUAUGAAUGGCAGUGCAGAAUCUGCAUCUGGACAAGCUUCAAGUCGGGUACCCGGGGGAGGUGUGCCGAUUGGGCCAUCGCCAUAUAUGGGCACCUAUGGUGUGUCUGUCGCGGGAGGGUACCGGACAGGGAUGUCAUGAAGAGAGGCAGUCCGUGGUUUGGUAUCGUCUCUCUUCCUUUGGCCACUUUCCUCCUCCCCUGCACUUUGCAACCUUUGUAUUUUGGUCUCACCCUUUGCCCUCAGCUCCUGUCGUCUUGGUGGUUUAGAUAAACGCGUCGAAGUACCCAUCUGUAGAGGUGAAGGCACCUGUGUCACUGCUGUGUGGGCAUUCCGCCGCGCAACGACUCCAGACAAGGUAAACAACUGUCAUGGGUAAGGAAUCUUGAUCCUUGGCUUUUAACCCCAAGCAUGCCAAAUGGGGUGCCAUUUGGCAAAUGUCCCUCUCAGACCUCAAAGGCAAGCUCACGGUACGUUCAUUUUGCCACCAGCUGGCUUGUACCCUACUCUACCUUGAUCGGUAAGUUCUUCUCAUUCUCAUUCACAUUCAUUCACAACAAAGUGGAAUGCAGAGCAGCCUGUGAUUGUCCAUUCCUUUUGGUGAGCAGCUUCGGCAAGAUGCCUGCGGUCAGCACUGUAGCUUCAGGUAUGGUGCCGUGCUUGGUGAGUCUCGUGGCACGUUGUUUUCACAUAGUGUGAUGUCAUGUAUGGUGGUAAGGUUGAUGAUGGCAUGACAUCAGGUAUCAGGUAUUGAAAGGGCAGGUACUCAUUCACAUUCUCUUUUGUGUCCGGUUGGGAUUGAUUUGAUGCCAGAGUGUGAUUGAAAAGGCCCAUGGCAUAGGAUGUCCGUGUAUGGCUCUUCUCUCUUGAGCGUGAUUGCUGCCAAUGUUUCCUUUCUUUUGUCUGUGCGCUUCUGGCUCAAGCUCAUCCCCCGCCUGUGGACUGAGUUGGUCCUAAUCGUCCGUCGUUGUGUGUGUGAGUGAGCGGUCAGAAAUGUUCACUGCUUGCGGCAUGUCGGAGGUAUUCUUUUCUUUCCACGACAAUUGGUACUGGUGAAGUCGCAAAUUGAUACCGUCUUGUCCGUUGCUAGCUAGCAGUGUGUUUAUGGUGGCCGUCUUGUAUGUCAUGGUCAGUCGAUACGUGACACGAGUGUAGUGGUGGUAGUCAUGGAUCUUCCUGGACCAUCCUCCAGACCGGCCAAGGCGGUGAUCUGUAACGAUAAGAGGCAACACAAAGAAGAGUGGCACACAUUCAUCAGCAAGGUAAAUGAUGCUUAUGGAAGUUGGACUCUUCACUUACCGUCAGUCACCAUGGUAAGUCGAAGGUAAAUGAUGGUGACGGAACUUGAACUCUUCCUAGGAAUGAUGCCUUGGUCUUCUUCAUGGGUAAAGGUCAAUCAAGGGUAAAAGGUGAACGAUCAUGAUGGGUCUUCUUCAUGGGUAAGGUAAAUCAAGGGUAAAAGGUGAACGAUCACGACGGAAACACAGGUUUGUGCUCUGUUCUUCACUAGCCAAGGGAAAUAGGAUAUAGCAAACAUCUUGCAUUGUCAGGGACAUUCUGGUGGGAGGCGGAGGCGGAGGCGGAGGCGGACAGAAGAUUACGGACACACAGGUUUGUGCUCUGCCACUCGUUAAGCUACGUGAUAUCUUGUGCCCAUCUCGCUUAGGGAACAGAAUACCAUAAUCAUCUUCAAAGGGAAGGUAAGUGGUGAUGCUCUGCACAUUCAGGUUUGUGGAGUUGCUAGCCUUCACUAUGAGGGAAGGCAAAUAGCGCUUUGUCAGAAGUCAAAGGGGAUCAGGCACUUCAAAAAUGGUCCGCGUCUCCACAUGAUGGAGACAGAGAGAAAGGUGGUGGACACAGGUUUAUGCUGUGGAGCUGAAUAGAGCCACAUAGUUGUUGAGAAAGCUUUUUCGUGUAUUCUACGAGGCAACAGAAGACGUCAAACAACUCGAGGGAAAGGUAAAUAGUUGUGGAUGGUGAUGGAAGGUCAAGGACACACAGGGUUGUGCUAGAUCUACUGCUUCAUAUCAGCCCAAGCAAGCCUCUUGUCAAUCGUCUGGCACCACACGAGCUUGUAUUUGUCGACAGCAGAGACUUAUCCAACAUGAGUCUCAUCGGCAGCAGAGACUUGUCCAACACGAGUCUCAUUGGCGGCAACAUUGGCAUCCUCUUGUUCGUGUAACGAGUUGCUCAGAAGCAGAACUCAAACUUGACCAGCUGCCUUUCACAGGUUAAGGUAGGUGGAUGGUGUGAGUACUUGGUGGGGAGUAUAGAACCGAAGUGCAUGCGUGUGUUUGUUUGUUUGUUUGUUUGAGAGAGAGAGAGAGAGAGAGAGAGAGAGAGAGAGAGAGAGAGAGAGAGGUGAACUGCAGGGUUUAUGUUUCUGUGAAUCAUUGUGAAGGAGGUGGAAGUUCAACUCGGAAUGCUUCGCAAAAUAGUCUUUAGUGUUGCUCUGGGUCACCAAUUGUGGGGUAAUCAUUCCAGAUCGUGUGUAUGGUAUGCCAUUUCAUUUCACUGUAACUUGAUUCUUGACAAGGAAAUCGUACCCCCCCCCUUUCAACCCUCCUUGACCACGAAACGGACAAAACUGAAUCCGUUUUUCGGUCUUGAUUGCCCUGCUGGCGGUCUUUGAACAGGAGCAUUUUAGUAUGUAUGUUCAUGUUGUCUUUUCAAUAUUGUCCGACGGCAUGGUAAUGAACGGGAAUGACGUAU